UGUAAGAGUCUAUAUCAAACAUCUGGUCACAGGGCAAUCAUUGACCUGUUUGAACUCUGACCAGCUGUCAUGCAGAAAACAACACGAUAUAAAUACAAUCAAACUGCAGCAUAAGGAUGUCACAUGUAGUGCUGCUUGUUUGUUGUUGUUGUUGUUCAAACUUUAAAAAAAAAAAAAAAAAAUUGUACACGAGCAAUACUUCAUUUUGUAGUCAGCUGGGUGACUUACAGUAAAUAAACGUGAGCCAGGAUCUCUGUAGUUCUGAUGCCACCUAGUGGCUGUAGACUGCAUGUUGAUAUUUAUUUAAACAACUCUAUUUAGAAGUUUCAGUGAACACAAAUAUGCAUAGAAAAAGUAGAAAAAAGCGAGAUAAAAAUAAAUAAAUGUCAAUAACACAUAACACAUGACACUACUUACGUAGAACUAACAAAAAACAUUUUAAAGCAACAAUUAUAAGACAGACAAAGUUGUUAACAUAAGAUUCAAUAGUCUUGAGAUAAAGUUUUAAGAACUAUUUUAAGAAAAUAUAAAAUAAAGACAGGUACCAGAAUAAUUGCAUCUGUCUAAAUUUGUCUGAUUUUGUCGAAUUUGAGAAAAAGGUUUGUUGUGAGAUCUGUGAAAAUUUUCAUAAUUAUAUAAAUUCACAAUAAUAAAUCAGAAAUAUCUUGGUUUUUAUCUUGAUCUUGCUCUAGUGUGAGAACAUACUCCAAAUAUGAACAAUUGACAUCAAUAUCAGAAAGAUCAAAAUAUGUUCCAUAUCGACAAACAAACAAACAAAUAAAUAAAACAACAACAACAACAACAACAAACUGUGUAUAGCUUGUUUUUACAGUUGUUUAUGUGUGGAGAAGUUGGCUGACAAAAUAUCUUUUUGCUGUCUUAUUUUUAUUAAUGUUAUUUUCUUAACCUUCUCUGCAACCUCAAGAAAAAACAAAAAUAAUUUCUCACAACUGAAGUUCACAGGAAUUCUCAUAAUUCUCUGCGUGACAAAUAAUUCCCCCCUUUUUUCUUACUGUACACUGUAUAGCUUCAAUAACUUCCCUUUUGUUUCGUUUCCGACCUGAACAAAUGGUUCUUUUUAUUAUUCGGCUUUACACUUUAAUCCUUUAAUUAAUCAUUUAAUUCCAGAUUUCCGCGCAUGUGUCAAUACAUAUUUGGUAGCAGGGACAAGCUCAGAAAUUAGUGGAAAUAAAAAAAGCCUGUGUUACACAGUGCAAGACUUAUAGGCUGUGCGUUUUAAAAAGUCAGUGUUUAUUAUUGCUACUUUGAUGUAUUUCAUCGCAUUACAAAGGACAAGGAGUUCACUCAGUGUUCAACCUACUGGGGGCGCUGUUUUGGUGUUUUAAAAGGCUUUAGUUGAGUUAAAUAGACUUUUUUACUGAGAGGUUGAGAAUUAAACAGUGAAGAGACGUGGACAAAGAGAAACCAAAUCAGCGAUAUGCAGGUACUCAGAAUGGCUCAGCAGUUAAAUAGUGAACAAGGGACCUCAUUAAUUCCUCCACAAAAAGUUGCUGGGGAGCCGAGAAGUUCAAUGAUAUCUGCGUCUUUUAAUUUUAUCAAUUCCAUCAUAGGAUCUGGAAUCAUAGGUUUACCAUAUGCAUUGAACCAGGCAGGGCUCCCCUUUGGCCUCCUGCUUUUGAUAGUUGUUGCAUUCAUCACAGACUACUCAAUCAUAUUACUAAUCAAAGGAGGGAACCUGUCAGGGACAAACAGUUAUCAGUCACUGGUACAAAGCACAUUUGGUUUCCCUGGAUUCCUCAUUUUAUCUGGACUGCAGUUCCUUUACCCAUUCAUUGCUAUGAUUAGCUACAACAUCACAUCUGGUGACACUCUGACCAAAGUAUUUCAGAGAAUACCUGGAGUUGGUCCAGAUCACAUACUUGCAGAGCGUCACUUUGUGAUCUUGCUCUCAACAUUUUUAUUCACACUGCCUCUCUCACUUUAUCGAAACAUUGAGAAACUUGGGAAGGUGUCCUUCCUGUCAAUGGUGCUGACACUUAUCAUCCUCGUCAUUGUAAUCAUCAGAGCAGCUACCUUUGGCCCACAAAUCCUCCCUACAGAGAAUGCAUGGGCAUUUGCAAAGUGGAAUGCAAUUCAGGCAGUUGGUGUAAUGUCUUUUGCCUUUAUAUGCCACCACAACAGCUUUCUGAUCUAUGGCUCUCUGGAGCAGCCCACACUAACCAACUGGUCUCGAGUCACUCACAUCUCUGUAGGCUCUGCACUAAUAUUCAGUGCUGUAUUUGCUGUUGCUGGCUAUGCCACCUUUACUGGCUACACACAAGGAGACAUAUUUGAGAACUACUGCAGAAAUGAUAACCUGGCAACAUUUGGUUGCUUCUGUUUUGGCCUCAGCAUAAUAACCACAUUUCCACUGGAGUGUUUUGUUACACGAGAAGUGGUAUCCAAUGUCAUUUGCAGUAGGGAUCUUUCAAAAGUUGAACAUGUGGCCAUAACUUUGCUCAUAGUUGGAGUCUGUACAUCAAUAUCUUUGGCCUAUGACUGUCUGGGAGUUGUUUUGGAGCUGAAUGGUGUUUUGAGCGCCAUACCUCUGAUCUUCAUCAUGCCAUCUGCAUGCUUCCUCAAACUCUCCACGGGCCGCUGGUUCCAGAGUGAAAACUUGAUACCCUCCAUCUUGAUAUUACUUGGCGUGUUUGUCAUGGUCACUGGUUUGACCAUGACUGGCCUCUACCACCAAGACUGUUCACACGGUGUGGAGAUGUUCUACUGUGCGGACGCCAACAUCUCUGGCACUGUACCACCUGUAUAAAAGGAAUGUGUACCCAAACAAUUAUUUGUCUUGAAAGAUUUAAACUACAUAGAUAAACGCAUGUGAACAACACUCCUGACCAGAUUCUAGCCCCACGGGCAAAAUCAAGGGAUAUCUUAAUACUACAGCAUUCAAAGAUAUUUUAGACAAUAUUGACAAAUGAAAACGCCAUCAUGCACAAAGCAGGAUCCACCAAGUAAUGGUUUUCUAGGUUUGCCAUAGAACUUGACUGGCCCUCACAGAGCUCUGACCUCAAACCCAUCAAACACUCAUGGGAUGAAUCGAAACGCAGAUUUUGAGCCAAGCCUUAUCUCCCAACAUCAGAGCUCAACCUCACUGAUGUGCUUGUGGUUGGAUGGGAGAAAAUCCUCGCAGCUAGGUUCCAAAAUCUUGUGAAAAGACUUCCCAGAAGACUGGAAGCUGAUAUAGCAGCAUAUUUGCCUAGAGCUUUGGUGUUUUAAGAAUCACAAAUUGGUGCAAUGUUCUGAUGUCCUCUGUGUUGAAUUAUAUUGUACAUGGAAAUAUUUAAUUUGUAUUUUUUCCUUCAUAAUGAGUAGUCUGUCUUGAUAUUUAUUAUUCUAUAUUAUUUGUAUCUCACAGUCGUUUACAAAAGCAGCCACGCGAUGUCACUGUAGACAAACAAAGCAGUUAU